UUUCAGAGCCCAGGAUCAAUGCCAGCGAGGACGUCACCAUCCAUCAGUAUGGGCCCGCCGUGACACUGCAGUGUAACCUCAGCACGAGUCCCAGCCCCCUUUCUGCCAGUUACUGGGUGAGGAACGGAGAGGAGAUCCCCGGCACCAGGAAAUCUACCAACACUACAGAGUACAAGAUUCUGAAGCCCAGAGCAGAGGAGUCAGGGGAAUACUUGUGCGUGUUUGUGUUCUCAAACUCUCCCGUAGCCAACGCCACUAUAGAAGUGCGAGCUAUUCCUGAUAUCACUGGCCAUAAACGAAGCGAAAAUAAAAACGAGGGGCAGGAGGCAGUCAUGUACUGCAAGUCCGUGGGCUUCCCGCAUCCCGAGUGGGUUUGGCGCAAGAAGGUCAAUGGAGUUUUCGAGGACAUCAACAACUCCUCUGGCAGGUUCUUCAUCACAAACAAGGACAACUAUACUGAGCUCAGCAUCACAAACCUGCAGAUAAACGAGGAUCCUGGCGAGUACCAGUGCAACGCGACCAACAUGAUCGGCUCUGUGUCUGUCACGACCAUCCUCCGUGUCCGCAGCCACUUGGCUCCCCUCUGGCCCUUUUUGGGGAUCUUGGCAGAAAUCGUUAUCCUCGUUGUCAUCAUAGUUGUUUAUGAGAAAAGGAAGCGGCCGGAUGAAGUCCCAGACGAUGAUGAACCAGCUGGGCCAAUGAAAACAAAUUCUACAAACAAUCAUAAAGAUAAAAACUUACGCCAGAGAAACACAAAUUAAAAAUGCUUAUAAUAGCUUUAAGUUUCUGAGAGACUGAUGGCAAUAUGACCUGCUAAAUUUAAUGGUUGGGACUCUUGGUUCUAGAACUCCUGUUCUGUCCUUUUUUUUUUUUUUUUUUCCUUUUUUUCUUUUUUUUCUCAUUUCCUUUUCAAGUGAGCAACAAUAUGACUGUCUAAAGCAUGCCUUAUUUAGCCUCUCCUGUAAGGACGACCUAGCCAGAUAAAUUUUAAUAAUGCUUCAGUGUAGAAGGUGUAAACUAUUUUGGGCUUGAUGUGCUGUGAAUGUUGCUUUUUUUCCUUAAUAUAUUUAAACAGUAGAAGUAGUCAGAUCAUGCAUGCGCCAUUUUUUACUUAAGGUAGCUGUUAAAUUGGCCAAGCUCUAAAACGCACUGCUGCCAUCUAGUGAGACUUUUUUGUAAAGUACAGCAAAACUUAAAAAUAUAUACAGUAUAUAUUUAUAUUUUGGGGGAGGAGGGGAAAACCAAAAUAUAGUAAAUGUGUUUCAUUUUUAAGCUGCUGAUAUUCAUUCCUUACGGUAUGUCUGAAAGAUGAGAGAAUUAUACUGUUCUGGUACUUAGAGAAGUAAUAUAAAUUGAAAUUAUCUUAAGGGCUUAACCUAUACAGAGAGACUUGGGUGUCCAAUAAUCAGAAUUCAGAAGCUGGAAUGGUUCAACAAAGUGGUGGUGAAAUGCAGUUAAAACCUAAAACAAAACUUCAGUUUAUAAAUAUAUAUAUAUGAUUGCUUUUUAAGUGAUUUUUUUUGUUGUUAAAUCAUGUAAAUUCUCAAAUCCUUUUGCACUGAUGUGUUCAACAUAUUCUUGUACAUUCAAUUCAGGCAAACUUUUAUAAUUUUCUUUUUUGUUUAAAUGAUGAUGAAAUGUUACGGCAUGGUGAUAUUCUAUGCAACUAGUUACACUCUUUAGUUUGACACUGUAAUUUCUCAUGAUUUAAAGAUUGUAGAAAUAGACCUAACAGGGUUCUCAUGAUGUGCGUAACUGUAGAUGCAUGAACUUGUGUUCUGUGUAUGUGUUGAAGUGCAAUGAUGUAUAAAAAGUGGAUUCACCUGUUUUUAAAAAUAAAACACUGAC